AAAAGGCAUUUACUGUCAGCAUGUUCAGUCUCCUCCAUGGUUGGCUCCAUACUCCAUUGGCCACUCUACUUAUUCCACUACGUCUCUACUCUCUCACAAACUUCAACACAAUUCUCAAAUCUCUCACUUACAUUUUUCUCUUUCUUUCUUCGUACUAUCAUGUCUUUGAAAAUAAGUACAAAUGGUUCCACCAUUAACAACAACAACAUACAAAGCUCCUCCUCGCCGCCGACAUCGCCGAGAAACCGCCAAAGUUGUCGGAGAAGACUACGUCGGCGAGGAAGCUUUACAAUGUUGUACCGGCGGCAGUUACUGUUGCUUGUCCCUCUUCUUUACUUUACUGGACUUAUAAGCUUUUAUCUGCUACAACAUUAUUCAGGUUUAGCACCUGGUGCUGUUUAUCGAAGCCAUGAGAUUUUUCAGAAUCUUUGGGUUGAUAUUGAAGCUGAUAAUUCUUCUACAGUUGAGCUAUCUUCUGUCUGGAUAUACAAAAGGAAGCUAAAAGAGAAAAGACCCUGUUCCAUCGGGACUACUGCCUCAAGUAAAGAUUCUCCUGGAGCCAAUCUUUACUUAAUUGUUGAUGCCAAUGGUGGCCUCAAUCAGCAGCGAUCAUCGGUAUGUAGUUUCAUGCUGAGUCAAAAUGUCAAUGUAUUUCCCAAGCAAAUUUUAAAAUUGCAAAUCGGAUGUGGCGUUGGGAUGAUGCUCAGGGGUAUGGGAUUUGCCAAAGAUACUCCAAUCUAUUUGGCUUCUGGGAAGAUUUACCAGGCAGAUAGAUAUCUAGCACCUCUGCGGAAGAUGUUCCCUCUCCUACAAACCAAGGAGACUUUGGCAACCAAAGAUGAGCUUGCUCCAUUUGAGGGUUAUUCAUCAAGACUAGCUGCUGUGGACUACCUAGUAUGCUUGUUUAGUGAGGUAUUUGUAACCACUCAAGGGGGAAACUUCCCUCAUUUUUUGAUUGGUCAUAGAAGGUACCUUUUCAAUGGACAUGCCAAGACUAUCAAACCUGAUAAAAUCAAGCUUGUAAAUUUAUUGCAGAACACAAGUAUAAGCUGGAUUGAUUUCAAGGAUCAAAUGGGCUCAAUGCUGGCCGAAAGUGAUAGGAAGGGCAUAAUGGUACCUAGAGUUAAAAAGUCCACCAGAAAAGGUUCUAUCUAUUCGAAUCCUUUGCCUGAAUGCAGGUGCCUUUGGGAGUCAAAAAGAACUACCAACCGUAGCAAUUCGUACCUCAUGGUAGAUCGCUGAGAUUGGUACAUAGUUCUAAGUUUCCUGUGAUUUGAGCAGUCUAAAUUGGGAUCCUUUUGCAAGAACCAGUUACUCUUCUGGUUUGCUUGUUACCUCUGUUACCGGUAACAAAGUCUCCACAUGGUACCAUGCUAUUUCCAAGGAUACAAGUACGCUACCAGCUUAUCAUUAUGGGGUCUGUCACUUUAUGUGCCUAUGGAGAGUGGUAGAAUAGAGCGAAAGAGCAAGUCCAGCGUUGAUUACAGGAAUCAAAGAUUGUUAAAGCAUCUCAGUCGAGAUCAUAAGAAUUUGCCUCCAGUUUUGCCUUAGCCAGCGAGGCAGGACAUUUGAUCCAUCUGGAGUUGAUAUAUCAGUUCUCAGAUCCUAAAGGUUUCAGCUAUAAUUUCUCUAGUCUAGAUUUUUGGUUCUUUCUUCUUCUUAGGUUUUGUUAAUGCCUUCACAUUGCUUUUGAAAUUUUCUGCUCGUAAUCUACUAGUUGUAAUGCUACAAGUUUUCUAAUGAUUAAAUUUCAAGAUUUAUCUCCAGCGUUUCUACCUUAGCAAGUGUCAAGGAUUUUUGUAGUACUUUUAUAUAGUAUUGGACUGAGAUGAGAUUAAAUGGAG